CCCCUCGGCCCGCCCGUAGCCGACCCGUCCCCGGCGCGCAGCCCAGACCGCGGGACGGUUCUGGAGGGCAAGUACGUCGCGCUCGAGCCCCUCGACGCGGACAAGCACGCCGCGGGGCUGUACGCGGCCCUGUGCGAGUACCCGGCCCGCAUCGCGUCCAGCGCUGGCAAUGCGUACCUACCCGUCGGGCCGUUUGCCAGCAGGGAAGAGUUCACGAGGCAGAUGCAGGCGUACAGCCCGAGCAGAGACCCCUUCUUCUACGCUGUGGUCACGAGGCGGGACAUCGUCACCCAAGACAACGGCAGCGCCACACCGACAACCGCAAUAAAAACGCCCGCAGGCUCGCCGGUGGGCUGGCUGUCCCUGCUCAACGUCGAGACGGCCCACCAGAGCCUCGAGGUCGGACACGUGGCCUUCUCCCCAGUCCUGCAGCGCACCGUGGCGUCGACCGAGGCGCUGUACCUAGUCAUCCGGCACGCGUUCGAGGCCCUGGGGAACCGCCGGGUCGAGUGGAAGUGCGACGUGCUCAACGCGCCGAGCCGGCGCGCCGCCGAGAGGCUGGGGAUGAGCUUCGAAGGGGUGUUUAGGAAGCACCGCAUCGUGAGGGGGAGGAACCGGGAUACCAGGUGGUACUCGGUCGUGGAUGAUGAGUGGUUUGGAAGGGUUGGGGACGGUGAGGGUAGGGGGAGGGGAGGACUGAGGGCUGGGUUUGAGGAGUGGUUGCGGGACGACAACUUUGGCGAGGACGGGGUGCAGAAGAGGACUCUGGAGCAGGUCCGA